AGUUAUGAAAUAGUUUCACCGUUAAUCGUGCCCUCGUUAAUUUAUUAUUCAUCCUCUAAUAAGGAAUUUCAUAGCGUAGUUGUGUAAAAUGCGAAGGAAAAAUUUGCGUAGUUACGUUAGACUUUCUUUCCCCUAUUUACUCUACUAAAUAGAUAAUGUUUAUCUAUUGGUCUGUUUAUCUAACUUUAAAUGAGAUUAUGCUUGGAUCUCAAACGAUGUCUUUAGAGAUUGUCGACUAUCUAUGUUAUCAAUCGGAAAUGUUUAUUUACCUGCCAUAUGAACUUUAAGUAGAAUUGGUUUUUGGGUCUUUUAAUGACGGACUUAAAAAUUGUCAGCUUUUGACAUUCAAAUAAUUUUGCCAUACAUGCGUUGCACCGUGAAAACCCGUGGGGUUCGAUGUAUAAUGGCGUCGUGGUGGGAGAAGAGUUGAUGGUCACGGAGUGGGGGAAGCCUCGCUCUCUGAUUGGUGCGGCGCUCUCCGUCGUGAGGGCAUAAAUACGGGCGUCGCAGCGAUUUGACUUCAUUCGACUUCUCGAGCUUGUCCUGAAAGCAUUUAGUAGAGGUUAUCUCUGUAUCCAUUUGAAUCGCAGAAAUGCCGCCUAAGACUAGUGGAAAGGCUGUGAAAAAGGCUGGGAAGGCCCAGAAAAACAUCAGCAAGACUGAUAAGAAAAAGAAGAGGAAGAGGAAAGAGAGUUACGCCAUUUACAUCUACAAGGUUUUGAAACAAGUUCAUCCCGAUACUGGCGUUUCCAGCAAGGCCAUGAGCAUCAUGAACAGCUUUGUCAACGACAUCUUCGAACGCAUUGCAGCCGAGGCUUCUCGUUUAGCUCAUUACAACAAGCGAUCUACGAUCACCUCUCGGGAGAUUCAGACCGCUGUAAGGCUGUUGUUGCCUGGUGAACUUGCAAAGCACGCCGUCAGUGAGGGGACGAAAGCUGUCACCAAAUAUACCAGCUCGAAGUGAGCUGACGAUUUUCAAAACGGCCCUUUUAAGGGCCACCAAAUAUUUCAAUACGAAAGAAUUCCUGAUUAUGCAAUAAAUACUAAUUUUUAACUGCCAGUAAUAUAUGUUAGGACUCAAAAUCACUAUAUAAAAAAUGAAAACCUAAUCGAGAUAAGCGUUACGUACAAUUUUUAAGGUACAAUUUAUUUUA